AUGUCUCCCAGCCUGAGCGGGCAGCAGCUGGCCUCCUCCAUCCCCUCUCCUCCCACCUCCACCUCCUCCUCCAAGUCCUGGAGGAGCAAGUCCAUGAACCUGAAGCACAGUGCCACCUCGGGCAUGCUGGCCGGCCCGGGACAGGACCUGCCCCCCCCACAGAGGUCUGUGCUGGACAAGUUCCGGAUGAUGAGUCCCAGGGCGGGGUCCAGGGUCUCGCCAUCUGUGGUGGAGAUGGCUCUUCAGGAGGAGGAGGACGGGUCUGAGUGCGGGGACGAAGGAGGAGGACUCGCCAUCACUGGCACGACUCCAGCCAAAACCUUGUCCAGCACCUCCAACGGCAAACCCUCGUCUUUGUCACAGCCCAAGAGCAACAGCAGCAAAAGUACAGCGCCCCCUAAGGACAAGGAGGACAAGAGCAAGUCCAGCAGAGCCUCCAAAGACCAGACCUCAGCCGAGACCUCCAAGAAGAACCCCAAACUCGCCAGCUUCAUCCCCAAAGGCGGAAAAUCGUCAUCGGCCAAGAAAGACACCAGCAGCUCCCCUUCACCUCCCCCCUCCAGCGGGAUCCCCAAACCCGGUUCCAAGACCGGAUCCAAGUCCCAGACCCAGGCCUUAAAUAGCAGCGGGAACCUUCGCUCCGGGGACAAGCCGAGCAAAGGGAGCGUUUACCGAAGCGGAGGGGAGGGGAAGAGGAGCAGCCUGACCUCGUCCACCAGCACCUCGGCCCUGAUGACGGGAGGGGGAGGCAGCUGCGGGCUGGGGGGCAGCGGAGCAGUGCAACUGCCUCAGCAGCAGCAGCACAGCCACCCCAACACAGCCACGGUGGCUCCCUUCAUGUACAGGACGUUCUCGGAGAAUGACUGUACAAUGGUAGCCCCCGCUGACUCCAGCCUCAGUCCUACCAAAGGAGACCUGAUCUACAGCAAAACCGCCAAGCAGUGCCUCGAAGAGAUCUCAGGUAGGACCCACUCGGACUGUGUGUCUGCUGCUGGAGUUGGGAGCUGGGCCGGGGUUGUUGUACUCUCCCUCAGUCCGGUCUCUGGUUGA